AUAGAUGUAAAGUGAGGAUGAGGCUCCCUGCCAGCAGAGAUGUGUUCUGCAGCACCCACACAGAAGGGAUUCAGGAAUCUCCUCCACAGAGCACUGAAUCCCCACUCAGAUCUCCAGGUGAGGAGAUCUGGCAAUGCCCAGGCCCUGCUGUGCGCUCGGGGCUCCUCCUCUCGCUCGGCUGCUGGGCCUGGGGAGCCAAGGAGCAGUGAGCUCCCCCCCGACUGCCACCCCAGGGGUGGGACUUGAGGAAUCCAGCACCACCCAUCACCCAGAGUCCUCCAUCUCCCCCAGCAUUCUGGUUUUCAGGACUCGUUGUUCUCCAGACCAGGAGAUGUCACACAGGUCAAAUCCCCUCUCACUGCUUCAGGCAGGUCAGAACUCCAGAUCCCCAUGGCCUCAGGGACACAAAGCUCUGCUGAGCAUCCUGAUGGCCCUUUUAUGGGUUUGGGGGAUCCUUUUGCAGGAUGAGCAGGAUCUGCUGUGGGAUCUGCUGUGGAUCUGCUGUGGGAUCUGCUGUGGAUCUGCUGUGGGAUCUGCUGUGGGAUCUGCUGUGGAUCUGCUGUGGGAUCUGUGGUGGGAUCUCCUGUGGGAUCUGCUGUGGAUCCACUGUGGGAUCUGCUGUGGAUCCACUGUGGGAUCUGCUGUGGGAUCUGCUGUGGGAUCUCCCGUGGGAUCUGCUGUGGGAUCUGCUGUGGGAUCUGCUGUGGGAUCUCCUGUGGGAUCUGCUAUGGGAUCCGCUGUGGGAUCUGUGGUGGGAUCUCCUGUGGGAUCUGUGGUGGGAUCUCCUGUGGGAUCUGCUGUGGAUCUGCUGUGCAUCUGCUGUGGGAUCUCCUGUGGGAUCUGCUGUGGGAUCUGCUGUGGGAUCUGCUGUGGAAUCUGCUGUGGGAUCUGCUGUGGGAUCUGCUGUGGGAUCUGUGGUGGGAUCUGCUGUGGGAUCUGCUGUGGAUCUGCUGUGCAUCUCCUGUGGGAUCUGCUGUGGGAUCUGCCGUGGGAUCUGUGGUGGGAUCUCCUGUGGGAUCUGCUGUGGAUCUGCUGUGCAUCUCCUGUGGGAUCUCUGUCAGGACAAAGAGGCUGCACGAGGGAAAUGAGCAACAGGCUGCGACCCCUCCGAGGGUCUCGGGCUCGAGCAGCAGGUUUGACAAACCUUCACCAGGUUCCCCCCCCGCAGGUGUUACAGUGCGGGACUCGUGAUGCCAGGGGUGUCACAGGGUGUCACAGUCGGGUGUCACAGUCAGGUGUCACAGCCGGGUGUCACAGUCAGGUGUCACAGGGUGUCACAGUCGGGUGUCACAGUCGGGUGUCACAGCCGGGUGUCACAGUCAGGUGUCACAGGGUGUCACAGGAUGUCACAGGGUGUCACAGGAUGUCACAGUCGGGGGUCACAGGAUGUCACAGGGUGUCACAGGGUGUCACAGGAUGUCACAGGCGGGGGUCACAGUCAGGUGUCACAGUCAGGUGUCACAGUCAGGUGUCACAGCCGGGUGUCACGUCAGGUGUCACAGUCAGGUGUCACAGUCGGGUGUCACAGGAUGUCACAGCCGGGUGUCACAGGAUGUCAGUCGGGUGUCACAGGAUGUCACAGUCAGGUGUCACAGGAUGUCACAGUCAGGUGUCACAGUCGGGUGUCACAGGAUGUCACUCGGGUGUCACAGUCGGGUGUCUCUGGGGCUGUACACAGCUUGCUGCAGCAGAAGGAAGCGCGUUGUCUCUGUGGAGCCGAGGCUUUGACACCCCCAGAUAAACACAGAGGACAGCUGUUAUCAGUCCAGAGCCUGCCCUGGUGUCCUGUGCCAGCUCUGGGAGUUCCCUCCACGCACUCCCUGGUGACAACACAAAACGAGUCCUACAGCAGCCUCAGUUUCCCCCACUCCCCCUGAAGGAUCUCAUCAGAAGCAUUUGCCUGGGGUUUGGGACAUCCAUGAGCUGGGGCCCCUCCAGCUGGAGCCGCUCUCCCAGAGUGCAGGGGUCCCUGCCCAAGGCAGGGGUGGAACAGGAGGAGCUUUAGGGUCGCUCCCAGCCCAAAGCACUCCAUGGUUCUCCCGCUCCUCCUGUGCCCCCUGCACCCUUUGCUCUCUCUCAUCGCAGCUGCAGAGGAAGGAGAAGGGGAAGGGCUGCACUUGUCUCCCUGUUUCGUGUCUGUGCAGCCCCUGGGGAACCGUGCUGCCAGGAGCUGCAGGAGCAGCAGCAUUUACCAGAAUUUAUCUGUCACCCACGCCGGCCCCGAGGGCACAGGCCACUCUUACAGCCCGAGGCAUUGGCAAAUCCAGAACUUCGUGUUUCCCUUCAGUUCCGAGUUCAUCCACUGUUCCAGCUGCUGCUGCCAUUGCUGCAGCCCUGGCUGCUCCCCGUGCCAGGCAUUUCACUCCAUUGUUAUUAGGAAAAUACACAGCAACUCUAAUUCCUCUCAGGAAUGUUGUUCUUGCAGCUACAGCUGUGAGGAAAAUUAGGGAACGUGCAGAAAGGCAGCGCUGUCUCUGCUGCAGAGCUGUCAGCCCAGGGCUCCAGCCCCCAGGGAAGGGCUGUGCUCUGUGGAACACAAAUCAGAACAGAAAGGAGAUGCCAGAAGGGCUCAAGCUUUGAAUGCAGAACGGUGCCUUUG